GGCGAACAAAGCAGAAAAGACGCAGUAAUAACCAUUACAGGAAUAUUAAUUAUUUUAUAGAAAAAAAAAGCCAUGGAAGACACAAAUAUGGCUAGCCCUCCUGGAUCAUCCCAUCCUUCUUCUUCGCUUGCAUCUGAUGCAACAGAAUAUUCUGAUUCACAAUCACAAUCACAAUCACAAUCACAAUCACGAUCGCAGACAACAACAGCACGUUCAAAAUCAAAGCCAAGGCGAACUGUAAAUGAUGGAUAUAUAUAUCAAGCUUAUGAUGAUUAUACACGUCGCAAAAAGAACCAAGAUGAUACAGACGGCGUUGAUUCGAUCUUGAAAGAAGAUAAUAAUCAGACCAGUGCAACCCGAAUUCUAGAGCUUCGUGGACUCGAAAGGAGAAUCGUUCAACUUCUUGAGACAGCAGGACAGGCGAUCCAAAUCUUGAGCGGUGAUGAUGACGAAGAAGAAGAGAACGAAGAAGUCGGAAAACGUCUUUUAGCUGCAACCUCGCUUUCACCGGAAGCGCGCAAAGCCAUGGUUCAGGAAUAUGCAGAUGAGCGGGCCAAGAAGUUUGAAACAUUAGCUACAGGAUAUGCUACACUUGUGGAUGAGAUCCAGUCAGGAUUAAGGCGACAAUUUCAUUAUCUGACCAAAGCUGGCAUCUCAUCUUCACAAGUGCCAUUCAAAAACGUAGUUUAUGGCGAGGAAAAGGAACUGGAUACAUGGUUGAAUGCUGCAGAUUUAUUAAAGCAGAGCACAAAUGAGCUUAUUGCAAAGAUCAAUCGCGAAUUGUUAUCUUCAGUAAAUGAACAACAGAACUCGACAUCAGCAGACUCAGCAGUAGUGCCAUGAAGGAAAAAAAAGAAAAAAAAAGGAAC